AUGGACGUACAUGAUGGAAGCAUAAGGAACUUACUUAAUGCUAACAAUAACUUACCAGGAACUAUUAAAGCAUUUAUAAAGUCCUUUGUAAAACCCGGUGCUCUAACAUUUAGGUCUUUGAGAGCAAGAGCAUUGAAGUCAAGAGAUGCAGAAACUCCAACAGAAACUCCAGAAGGAACUGAAACAACAGAAACUCCAGAAGAACCACCAAAACCAACAGCUAAUGAAAUAUUGUUCGAAUAUUUUCCAAGGUACUCUGUUCUCAUUGCAUACAUUCAAGAAAUACUUAAGAAAGCAGACUUGACUUUAGGAGAUGAUGAAAGUUCUGUAUAUCUUUCGUUCCAAUUCCAAAUAGCAGAACUUUUGAGACAGAUAUGCUUAAUGUAUGACAACAUCUCUGAUUUCACAAGAUAUGACGACGACCAUGACCCCGAACACGGUGAAGAAGAAGUUUUACAAACAUCCAUUAAGACAGGAAAGGUUUUAACUCAAAGUCUCAUUAUUGACACCAAAGAUGGCGAAGUGGACGUUCUUCAAGAGCUGAAGAAAAAUACUUCUUCGGGAGGUGGUGGUAGGCAUGAACUUGAAAUAAAUGAGAUAGAAGAGAAAUUAGCCGAAAAAGCAGAUAAAGAACAUAAACACAAUAUCUCCGAUAUAAAUGAACUUCAAGCUACAUUAAAUAGUAAAGCGGACAAAAAUGAACUUGACGCAACGAACAAAGUUUUGAAAUCUCAUAAACACAAUAUCUCCGAUAUAAAUGAACUUCAAACUUCUUUAGACAAUAAAGCAGACAAAAACCAUGUUCAUUAUAUAAGUUCUGAUGAACAGAUUAUAACGGACUAUCAUGGAUAUUUAACACAGGGUGAAAAAGUGAAUACGAAAAAUGUUAAUGAAAGAAGAUAUAAAUUCAUUCGUGCUAAAGGUUAUGACAUACACUGUACUGUACAGUAUGACACAGGUAUAGCACCACAAUCAUUUGGUUAUAACGCUGAAAUUUAUGCUUCAUACUUCUUUGUUAACGGUGUAUUAGUUGAACCAAGAUUUACUUUGAGAGUUAAGUCAAAAAUAACUUUUGAAGAUGCUAUUAAAAGUAAAGCUGACAAAACAGAACUUGACGCAACGAACAAAGUUUUGAAAUCUCAUAAACACAAUAUCUCCGAUAUAAAUGAACUUCAAACUUCUUUAGACAGUAAAGCCGACAAAAAUCAUACACAUAAAUCCUUCACUACUGUUAGAGCAGACGACAUAAUAUUGAACUAUGAUUUGGGUUCAAGUGCACCUUUAGAGAAUCCGAGUACAAGCGUAAAAGAUACUCUUAACAGUUUAGAUAACAGUUGCAGGAACAUUGAAAGUCAUGCCAGAAACUUUGAAGCAUAUGAACUACCAGCAAUGUUAGAUAAGAAAGCCGACAAAACUUAUGUGGAUACAGAACUAACAAAGAAAUUUUCGAAACCAGAUACAAUGACAUUUACAACAGAAAUUAUAAAUGGUGAACCAGCAACUCCAUUUGAAUUUGUUAGAGGUCUUCAACCAGAUACUUUUGAAUUUUUCUUGGAUAAUUCUAUUGAACUAACAUUACAUUAUAAAAGUGGAACAAAUGCAACAUUUCAUCCGGGAGAUACAUUCCAAAUGGUAUUUAAUGACAUAAGUUCUUUAGAAUAUGUUUAUAGAGUUAUGAGCAUAUAUGAUUUAAUAUAUCCUAUAGGAGCUGUUUAUAC